AUGAAAAGGACCAAGUCCACAGAGCGCGCGGCUCGUAUCAGUGACCUUGAGUUGAGACACCAAGACAACGUCCAUCAGAUUGACCUCACAGGCCGUGAUGAGGAAGCUCGUCUCCUAAAGCUGCGACUCUUGACGCUUCGCGAUGAAAAUUCGUCCCUCAAGGAUCGGCUGGUCCAACGAGAUGCUCUCGUGAAGCAGAUCACGAAAACGGGGAAAGAUGUGCAUGCUGAGCUUGCCGAGGCGAAGGGGAAACUGAAAGCCCAAGAAGUGCAGCUUAGAAAAAAGGACAACGAGCUGGAAGGCCUCAAGGUAGGGUAUAAUCUACAACACGGCCAUCAGAAAGUCCGCCUGACACAAAGCCAGACCGAAAUCAGUUCUUUGAAUGACUUCAGACAAGACUCAACCAAGGUCUUGCAGGAGAAACUCGCCCUCAGCCAUAAGCUUGACCAGAUCCAGCCUGAGAUUGAACAUCUCAAGGCGCAACUCGAAAACCAUCGCGUCGUCGUCGCCCAGAAGCAAGAUCUCGAGCGUCAGCUUAGUUCGAUCGAGGUUGAACUCGAAAAUGAGCAGCGAUCAAAAAAGCGCAUGCAAUCCAAGAAUCAUGACAGUGAUCAAGUGAAGGAACAAUUGGACGAAGCGAAGAGGGAAUUAGAGAAGCUUAAGAAAGAACACUCCAGAGAGCUACGGGAAGUCCGCGGUGAAUGUGACAUGCUUGAAGGCCGCGUGGAGGAUACAAGGAGCAAACUGAAGAAGACGCAGGGAGACCUCAAGGACGCACGAGCUGAGCUCGCGUCUUGUCGCGCUGAACUGGAGGAAGCUCGCAAGGCUCUGGCGACUAACAAGUCAAGCAAGAAGAAUGUCACGAUGAAGGAACAUCCCAUUGGAAGGAAGAGAGCCCAGGACUUGAGCAUGGAAGACAUCAGCAUCGGAACCCCAGGCCCAGAUGAGGCAACCCUGAGACGGCCUUCCAAGAAACGAGGCGCUGAGCGCGCCUUGGUAGGAGAGAAAUCGACGUUCUCAAUCACGCCCUUUUUGAACCGUACCAAGAAUCUCUCGGAGAACAUGUCAGAUGAGCUAAGCGAACUUCACUCACCCACUGGAAAGUCUACGGGCGCCUCGGGACCUCUUGCCUUUGAAGAUGUUGGACCAGAAGCUGGCGAUUCUAUUUCUAUGGAGCCCAUAGGGGAGACUGCAGAGCUAGAUCAUCAAGCUGAAGAUGAUGCUGUCGCCGAGGAAGAGGAGCAGCCAAAAGCACAGAAGGCCCGGGGCAGACCAAGGAAAGCCCUGGACGAGGCGCCAACAACCAAAAAGAACAUGCCGGUCCAGGCAAAGAGAAAGACCAAGGUAGCCAAGACUUCUAGUAGAGUCGAGAUGAUAGCCGAAGUUGACGAGGCUGACGAACCGGAAACUGAAUCUAUCGAGAAGCCAAAGAAGGUGCCGGGACUGCUGAAGUCUAACCCUGCUACCGCGUCGUUAAGAGAUGGAAACGAUGAUGCAGAUACACGCAAGAAGAAGCGGAAAAUGCUUGGAGGUGGCAACAAGACCCUGUUCGACGAUGAGGAGGCGGAACCAGCUCCCAGACCAGCAAAGAUCCAGAUGGCGGCUGGGCGUAGGCUCAAGGCACCGCUGGGAAAUGUUCGUGGUGCAUUCGGUGGAGCAACAUUCUCGCCUUUGAAGAAGGAUAGGCGAGGAGUGGGAGCUAGUUUCUUGCAUUAA